GAACACCUGAGAUUGAGCUGCUGUUUGAAGAGGCUCCAGAGAAGAUGAGUUACACAGAACAGGCCAACAAGAGGUACCACUGUAGACGCCUCACCUGUUUCAUCCGGUUGGCUGACUACCUGAUGGUGAACACCAUGCACAUCCUGGCUGUGAACUCUGUGGCCAAACUACUGGCCGUCCUGCAGGACCAGAUCCAACACACCCCCACACACGCUGUCAUCCACAGCUGGGCCGACACCGAUGCUGCUGGAGACGGAGGUGGAGCCACGGAGGACUCAGACAGGAAGGCUACAGAGCCCACAGUGGAGGCUGUUCAUCUUCUACCCAUGUUUGUGUCGGAGCUGAUGCUGGAGACCCACGCUCUGACCUAUGAACCCUCCGUAGACGUCUUCCAGGAGUGUGUGUCAGAGAUCAUCUCUAGGUUCCAGGAGACGGUGUUGUCAUUAGUUGUGCUGGUGACUGACUCCUACUUUGAUGCCUUCACUCAGCCCAUGAUCAACAGCAAGCAAUCGCUCCAGUUUGCGUUUGACUCGUCUCCCUCUUCCUCCUCCUCUCGCCAGCGUGUGACGCGCGCACCUUUGAGAGCUUCCGCGUCUUCUACAGAGAGAAUGAGAGUCUGGACCUGGACGCGCUCAGAGAUCAGGAUCACGGAGUGGCGUUCUUUCUCUGAGAGUCUGAAGAAGUACCACAGAGAACAUAAAGAGGCCCUGGCCAUCAAACAGAAGAGGCACCUGGGCCUGCUGCUGGUGGACACCACUCUGCUUAAAGGGAAGCUCCUCCCCUCACCACUACGCUGUCUGGAGAGAAAGAUCGACGCCAUCAUCGCUGAGGCUCAGGAUGCCCAGUUCAAACUGGAGUUCAUCCCCUCUGCAACUACAGAGUUCGUCAACUCCCUCACCUUCCUAGAGGAGAUACAGGAGCGGAUGGAGUGGUUGGACGAGCAGACAGAGACCGUGUCCCAGAUGUACAAGCUGAUAGACUCCUACUCCGUGCCCAGCCCUCCUGAGGACUUUGCCGUCUAUGCCACCCUGAAACCCUCAGUCACCGGCGUACGCAACGCCAUCGACAAGGCCGUGGGAGAGAAGGACGCCAACGUGGACAAGUUCUGUGUCCACCUCCAACGGGACAUCACCGACCUCAACAAGGAGGUCAAGAGGGUCAAACAGCAGGCUCAGAACAAUCAGAUCAUGGACAUCAAUGCUGAGCGUCCCAAGGUCCGUCUGCUGCUGGACGAGGUCCAGGUCUCCAUAGACGAGCUGCAGAACCAGGCCUUCCAGUACAAGUCUUUCCAGAAGAACUUCAAGGUGGAGGUGACUAAGUACGAGGCGUUAGAGGAGCUGAGUGCAGAGGUGAAACUGAAACAGCUGCUGUGGGACUCUCUGGAGGAGUGGGACGCCCUGCAGGCCGGCUGGAUGGAGUGUAAGUUUGAGGAGUUGGACCCAGAGACUCUGAGUGCCCAGGUCAAUAAAUAUGCCAAGUGUGUGAACCAGCUGGAGAAAGGCCUGCCACCCAACAGUGUGGUUCCACGACUCAAAGAGCACGUUGAGGGCAUGAGUGGAGAAGGGCAGACACUGGGAGAUUCUGAGGCCGUCAUAGAGGCCAGUCUCCUGGAGGAACCUCAAACUCUGGCCUCUCUGGAGGGACUCAUGUACCUCUCCAACAUCUUCAGCUCAACAGUGUCAGGACAGGCUUCAGGAGAGGCAUCGCUGGAGACCAUCCUUAAAAAGGUUGAGGAUUCCUGGAAGACCACGGAGUUUCCGGUUCUCUCCCACCGGGAGUCUAAAGACCUGUUCAUCCUGGGAGGAACUGAUGACAUUCAGGUGCUGCUGGAUGACAGUACCAUCAACAUGGCCACGGUGGCGUCCUCUCGCUACGUCGGACCCAUCAAGACCAGAGUAGACGAGUGGCAGAGGCAGCUAAACCUCUUCAGCCAGACACUGGAAGAGUGGCUGACGUGUCAGCGUAACUGGCUGUAUCUGGAGAGUAUCUUCAGUGCUCCAGACAUCCAGAGACAGCUUCCUGCUGAAGCCAAGAUGUUCCUCCAGGUGGACAAGUCCUGGAAGGAGAUUAUGAGGAAGGUCAACAGGCUUCCCAAUGCUCUGAGGGCUGCUACACAGCCAGGUCUGCUGGAGAUCUUCCAGAACAACAACGCCCUGCUAGACCAGAUCCAGAAGUGUCUGGAGGCCUACCUGGAGUCCAAGAGAGUCAUCUUCCCCAGGUUCUACUUCCUGUCCAACGAUGAGCUCCUGGAGAUCUUGGCUCAGACCAGGAACCCCCAGGCCGUUCAGCCCCACCUCAGGAAGUGUUUUGAUGCUAUCGCCCGCCUGGAGUUCGCCCUGCUGCCCCCUCCGCCACCCGGCGCCAUGACAACGCAGCCUGCAGACGGAGAGCAGGAGAAGGUCUACAGCAACGACAUUCUGGCCAUGGUCUCACCUGAAGGAGAGAAGGUGGGCCUGGCUAAAGGUCUGAAGGCGCGUGGUAACGUAGAGGACUGGCUGGGUAAAGUAGAGGAGGCCAUGUUCUCUUCCUCCGCCGCCUCAGCAAGGCCUCCAUCGCUGACUACCAAAGUAAAGAACGAGAGGAGUGGGUGGUGGCUGGACACCCUCACAGGUGGUGUUAACUAUCAGUCAGUUGAUGUGGUGCAGAGACCUGGACGGCUGUCUGGAGGAGACCACGACCACUUCAUGGCCCUGCAGGACUUUGAAUAUGUCAACAUUGAUAGGCUGAAUGCCCUAGCAGCCCUGGUUCGAGGCCAACUUCCCACCCUGCACCGUAACAUCAUCACAGCUCUCAUCACCGUAGACGUGCAUGCCAGGGACAUUGUCACAGACCUCGUGGCCCGGAAGGUUGACUCCAGCAGUAACUUUGAGUGGCAGAGGCAGCUGCGUUACUACUGGGACUUGGACCUAGAUAACUGUGUGGCCAGGAUGGCUCUGUCCACCUACAUCUAUGGAUAUGAAUACCUGGGGGCCUGCCCUCGCCUCGUCAUCACCCCACUCACAGAUCGUUGCUACCUGUGUCUGAUGGGGGCUCUUCAGUUAGACCUUGGUGGGGCUCCAGCAGGCCCAGCUGGAACAGGGAAGACGGAGACCACUAAGGACCUGGCCAAGGCUCUGUCCAUCCAGUGUGUCGUCUUCAACUGUUCUGAUGGACUGGACUACAAGAUGAUGGGGAAGUUCUUCAGUGGUCUGGCCCAAUCAGGGGCCUGGUGUUGUUUUGAUGAGUUUAACCGCAUCGACAUCGAGGUGCUGUCUGUCAUCGCCCAGCAACUCAUUACUAUCCGCAAUGCCAAGAUGGCGAAGCUGUCCAGGUUCAUGUUUGAGGGCAGAGAGAUCAAGCUGGUGAUGACAUGUGCUGCCUUCAUCACUAUGAACCCAGGCUACGCUGGACGCACUGAGCUCCCUGACAACCUCAAAGCCCUGUUCAGACCCAUAGCCAUGAUGGUGCCCAACUAUGCCCUGAUCGCUGAGGUGAUCCUCUACUCUGAGGGUUUUGAGUCCAGUAAGACUCUGGCCCGUAAGAUGACCCAGAUGUACAAGCUGUGUUCUGAGCAGCUCUCCCAACAGGACCACUACGACUUCGGCAUGAGGGCCGUCAAGUCUGUCCUCGUCAUGGCAGGCUCUCUGAAGAGAGAGAACCCCCACCUGAGUGAAGACGUGGUUCUGAUCAGGGCUCUGAGAGACUCCAAUCUGCCCAAGUUCCUCACAGACGAUGCUGCGCUCUUUGGUGGCAUCAUGUCUGACCUGUUCCCUGGCGUUUCCAUCCCUGAACAUGACUACGGUGUUCUCCAAACCACCAUCCUGGAGUCUCUAGUGAAACGCAACCUGCAGCCCCUACCCAGCAUGACGCACAAGGUGAUCCAGCUGUAUGAGACCAUGAUAGUACGUCAUGGUGUGAUGUUGGUGGGUCCUACAGGUGGAGGGAAGACCACGGUCUACUCCAUCCUGUCUGAUACCUUAGAUACCCUGUGGCAGGCUGGCCACGGGAAACACAACCCCUUCUACCUUCCGGUCAAGACAUACGUCCUCAACCCCAAGUCUGUCACCAUGGGAGAGCUCUACGGAGAGGUGAACAUAUUGACCCUGGAGUGGCGUGACGGCCUGAUGGCGCUCAGCGUGCGAGCGGCCUGCAACGACACCAGCGAUGACCACAAGUGGAUCGUGUCAGACGGUCCGGUGGACGCGCUGUGGAUUGAGAACAUGAACACGGUCCUGGACGACAACAAGAUGCUGUGUCUGGCCAACAGCGAACGCAUCAAACUGACCCCGUCUAUACACAUGGUGUUUGAGGUCCAGGACUUAUCGGUGGCGUCCCCAGCCACAGUGAGUCGCUGUGGGAUGGUCUACAUCGACUCUAACGAACUCAAAUGGAUGCCCUAUGUCCAGACCUGGAUCACUGGCCUGGCUAAAAAGGUGAUUUACCAUUCUCCUUAA